AUGGCUAAUUCCCAAGAAGUUGAGGUUCAGCAUGUCGCUAGCAGCGGUGCAUCUGAUAAAGUCCCAGUUGCUGGCAACGAGAAGACAGUUGGCGCCGCUGUCUAUAACAGCUCGCAUGGCAGCCUUGACGAUAUCAAUCGACAGGCUCCCACGCCCGACGAAGUAGCAACUCUCCGCCGUGUCCCUGGAAAGAUUCCGUGGAUUUCUUUCUCUAUCGCUUUCGUCGAGUUGUGUGAACGAUUCUCCUACUAUGGAACCAUCAUCGUGUUUGUCAACUUCAUACAGCGGGAAAUGCCUGAGGGCUCUACGACUGGUGCUGGUGGUACUGAUCGCACCCCUGGUGCAUUAGGCUUGGGACAACGAGCUUCCACUGGUCUAACUCUAUGUAAUGGCCCUUGCAAAACAAUAUCCUAUCCACAUGUGUUUGGCUGA